UGAGGACUCUGGUCUCUGAGGAUUCUGGUCUCUGAGGACUCUGGUCUCUGAGGACUCUGGUCUCUGAGGACUCUGAUCUCUGAGGACUCUGGUCUCUGGUCUGUGAGGUCUCUGACCUCUGAGGACUCGGUCGAGACACCAGGUAGACCGGAGCGAGCCAAGGGAGGAUGAGGAGGUUUUUCAGAGCGCGAGACGAAGACUCCAGUCAGAUCCAGUACCUGACGGCCAAGUGUCACCGGCUGGCUCACGAGAGAGCCCAGCUUGAGAGGGACACCUUGGUGACCAGGGAGAGACAGCGGAGGCUACAGAAUGAUCUGGAAGCGAUGGGCGCUCACCUCCAGCAGAAGGAGCAGAUGAUUGUGGAGCUGAGGAGAAAACAGGACUACCUGGUGGACCACCUCAACCGACAGCAGGGCCUGGUGGAAUUCCUUAAGCAUCAUGCGGGCCUGAGAGCGGAGGUGGGCCCUACGGCGGAGGAGAACUUGAGAGACACCGAGCUGCUGGCUACGGAGCUGGAGCAGCUCCGCUCUGAGCUGCUGGCGCUGCAGAGCUCCGACGGGCAGCUGGUGGGCCUGGUGGAGGAGCUCUACGCUGAGGCCCAGCACAGAGCAGCACUGGUAGACAGCCUCCAGGAGGAGCUGCACAGUAAAUCAACGGAGGUCGAGGACCUGCGGAGACACCGGCAGAAACAGAGAGAGGAGCUGGAGCAGCUCCAGAGCGCCCACCAGAGGAAGGUGUGUGUGCUGCAGCAGGAGAACAGCAGCAGUGUUCAGAAGCUGCAGCAGACAGCCGUUCAGUUCGAGCGGCUCUGCAAACAGCAGCGCUACUGGAUGCUCUGUGUCAAAAGGUACAAAGACUGUCUGACGGAGGAGAGGGAGGCGGUGGUUCAGCAGGUCAGUGACCUGGAGCAGACCGUCCUGAAGCCCAGGGGAUGUUCCCACUGCAGCAGACAGUACCACUGCCCCCUGCAGGACAGGGGCAGCAACUCCAGGCAUCGGCACCAGUCUAUGUGUGGUGCAGAGUUCCGGGCUGACCAGCAGGGGGAGCCGUGGUCAGCCCUGUGUGAGGACAAAGUCAUCACUCAGGUGGGAGGCGUGGUCGACACGGAGCAGAAACCUCCUUGAGGUUCUCCCUCCGACCAGACGAGUGUGGCUCUCCUCCCAGCCCUCUUUAGAAGAUCGAAGAACACCAGAGAGACUGUACGUCGGAACUCCGUCCGCACUCUGGUUUCACUGUUGUUAUUGUGGAGUGAACAGUGAAAUAAUAAAGAGACAAUGAAGACAU